CGCAGAUUUUUUUUUAAUCGUCCUAAAAAGUUUGUAAUCGAAGUCAUGGAUGAAAUUCCGGAUUUACAAGAAGACCAAGGGCAUUACCCGGAAAUCAUAUGUUUCCGACCACAAACGGAUUUGUUCAAAAUCACGCCGAAUGAUAAUCUUAUUGAGAUUGUAAGAAAAACUCGUGGGGCCCUUAUGCAUCUAAUACAAGAAGGCCCUCGACCGUCCAUGAUUACUUUCGAAUGCCUUUACACCACAUUAGCUGAUUGUUUGAACAUCCCGCUGACAUCCCAUGACGUAAUGUUAAUCCUCAUUUUCCUUCGAAUGAAAUAUCGUCAAUUGCACUUUGAUAUUAGAGAAGAUGCGGAGGAGGGACAUAUUAUCUUUCUUGAACGAAUUCCAGUUGAAUCCAAUAAUUAA